AUGGCGUCAACCGCAAUCUCCCAGCCCGGCACCAACGACGAGCACCACCCCAACCCCGUCCGCGCGUCUCCCCAAGUACACGCCCUUCUGCAACGUCUACACGACCUGUCAUCGACUCAGGAAUCGCGCCUCGACCUACUCAGCAUCCCCGCCUCGUCGUUCCACGCGACCGUAUCGGACCAAUUCGUCGCCCUCGAACAGGACAAGUGCCAGUUCGUCUACGCGCUCAUCUGCAUGAGUGGCGCGACGACAAUUGUGGAGGCUGGCACGAGCUACGGUGUCAGCACGAUAUACCUUGCCCUGGCGGCGAGGCUCAAUGCGGGGGGCCAAGGAAGAGGAAAAGCACGGGUGAUCGGCACAGAGCAUGAACUGGCCAAAGCGCAACAGGCGAAGACGUAUUGGAAAGAGGCGGGGGUAGACGACGUGAUCGAGUUGAGAGUGGGCGAUCUACGCGAGACGUUGAAGAUUGAGAUGGGCGUAGUGGAUUUCCUGCUGCUUGAUAUCUGGGCGGACAUGGCUCUGCCCGCACUCAAGCUCGUACAGCCCCACUUGCGGCCCGGCGCCACCAUCGUGUGCGACAACAUUAUCGCCUCGGCGGCCCGGUAUGCCGACCUGCUGGCCUACGUCCGCGCCGACCCCGCGUUCCAGCGCAUCACCGUGCCGUACCACAAGGGUCUGGGCGUGUUCAUCUACAGCCCCUGA